GGAAUGUUCACCCCUUCCUGCCCCUCUUACCAGGUCUCCAGGCAGGAUCUCACUGCUGAGGAUCCGUCACUUUGCUGAGGGCAGGGCCCACUGCCUCCAGGAUGGCGAGAUGGCUGCCCCGCUCCACCGACCUGACCCGCUUCUGCCAGAAGCUCAACCGGGUAAAGACCCUGGAGGAUGACAUGAUGGAGACAUCCUUUAACAGAUGCCUUUCCACCAUCGACUUGACGCUGCUGGGCAUUGGGGGUAUGGUGGGCUCCGGGCUUUAUGUCCUCACAGGCACCGUGGCCAAGGAGAUUGCCGGCCCUGCCGUCAUCAUCUCCUUCAUCAUUGCCGGCUUUGCCUCACUCCUGGCUGCUCUCUGCUAUGCUGAAUUUGGAGCCCGUGUGCCCAAGACAGGCUCUGCCUACAUGUUCACUUACGUGUCCGUGGGUGAAAUAUGGGCUUUCCUCAUUGGCUGGAAUGUGCUGCUGGAGUACAUGAUCGGAGGGGCUGCGGUGGCCAGGGCCUGGAGUGGCUAUCUGGACUCCAUCUUUAACCACAAGAUCAAAAACUUCACCGAGACCCAUGUGGGUGCCUGGCAGGUGCCAUUCCUGGCCCGCUAUCCAGACUUCCUGGCAGCUGCCAUCCUGCUGGUAGCCACCGCCUUCAUCUCCUUUGGGGCCAAAGUGUCCUCCUGGCUCAACCAUGUCUUCUCAGUCAUCAGCAUGGGCGUCAUCCUCUUCAUCCUCAUUAUGGGCUUUGUCCUCGCACAGCCCAAGAACUGGAGCACCCAGGAGGGUGGCUUUGCCCCAUACGGGCUGUCGGGCAUCAUGGCUGGCACAGCCACCUGCUUCUACGCCUUUGUGGGCUUUGAUGUCAUCGCGGCCUCCAGUGAAGAGGCCAGGAACCCGCAGAGGGCUGUUCCCAGGGCCAUCACUUUCUCCUUGGGGCUCGCCACUGGUGCCUACAUCCUGGUGUCAGUUGUGCUGACGCUGAUGGUGCCCUGGCACACGCUGGACCCUGACUCUGCCCUGGCCGAUGCAUUCUACAGGAGGGGCUAUGCCUGGGCAGGGUUUCUGGUGGCUGCUGGCUCCAUCUGUGCAAUGAACACAGUUCUGUUGAGCAACCUCUUCUCCCUGCCACGCAUCGUCUAUGCCAUGGCCGAAGAUGGGCUCUUCUUUCAGGUCUUCUCCCGAGUGCACCCCCGCACACAGGUGCCCGUCGUCGGCAUCGUGGUCUUCGGGCUGCUUAUGGCCCUCCUGGCCCUCGUCUUUGACCUAGAGGCCCUGGUACAGUUCCUGUCCAUUGGUACACUUCUGGCCUACACCUUUGUGGCCGCCAGCGUCAUUGUCCUGCGCUUCCAGCAGCAGAAGGGGGAUGUGCCCGCACCAGCAGCUAGUGGCCGGCCCAACCCCGAGCCCCACGAGGACCCAUCCAGGGGCGAGCUGAAGGAGUAUGAGUCCUUCUCCGACAAGCUGCAGCUGGUGGACAGGGACAAGAGCAACGAGCAGCGGGAGCCAGGGCAGCUGAAGGCAGCAUUUGAGCCCUACCUGGAGUUCCUCAGUGACUUCUACCCUGGUGAGGUGGUCAUGGUGGCUGUGGUGACCCUGAUGGUGUCUGCCAUCUGCCUCUGCUCCAUUUUAGUGUUUGGCAACACCCACCUCCACCUGCCCACCUGGAGCUACUCCCUGCUGCUGGUUCUCUUCAGUUUGGGCUUCCUGCUCAGCCUCCUCUUCAUCUGGGCACACGAGCAGCAGCACAGCACCCAGACCUUCCAGAUGCCCUUGGUACCCCUAUCCCCAGCACUAAGCAUCAUUCUCAACAUCUACCUGAUGCUGAAGCUCAGCUACAUGACGUGGCUUCGCUUCGCCAUCUGGCUCCUUUUAGGCCUGCUCGUCUACUUCGGCUAUGGCAUCUGGCACAGCAAGGAGAACCUGCGGGAGCCACAGCCCCAGCGUGUCAGCGCCCGCUACGUGGUGUUUCCAGGUGGCAGCCUGGAGGAGAGGGUGCAGGCAGUCCAGCCUAGCUCCCAGCCCGCCACCGGGCUGCCAGACACCGACACCGAUGACUGCAAGAGAUGACACCUCUGGCAACAGGGGUACCUGGAGAUGGGAGCGUCGGAAUCUCCUCCCACAAUGAGGCCAGAGAUCCAACCCCCUCCUCCUGGUCCCUCUGAUGGCAGAUCCACUGGGGUUGCCCUGGGUGUGGGGCUCCACCGGGAGAGGAUGAGGAUGCUCACCCUUCCCCACAUACUUUUGACAGGGUGUGGAGGAGCUGCCUCUCUCCCCCUUCCCCUGCACUCAGGAGCUGGGUGUCAGCCCAGUGCCAACCCUGCUCAUGAGGAGCCGUGUCCUUGUCACCUCUCCCUAAGCACACCCUGGCACUGUGCAGCACAUCUGUCUGACAGCACAUCUCUGCAGCUGGUGAUGCAGAGGUUCCCCACAGACCAGGACAGGCAGCCCAGUGCUGCCCAUCCUUACUCUUGUCCUGAGUGCAGCCCCCUGCCUCCUGCACAGUCCCCUUCGGAAGGGGGCAGGGGCCAAUCAUGCAUCCUCACAGGCACCCUUGCCAUCCCUAUCCCCAGAGCUGCUCUCCUCAAAGGCUGGGGCUGAGGGAGCUGAGGGGCAGCUGGAGACAUGACAUGAAGAAAAGAUAUGGCCAGAAUGGGUGGCUGGGCAGGCACCCCAGGAGAGCCAGUGGACGCUGGCAUGGAAAAAGCCCGGCUGCAUCUUCUCAGCCACUGGAACUGGCUGGCUGAGGGAUGGACUAGGGGCCAUGCCUGCUGGAAGAUAAUGCCAUGGGCCUGAGUGGGGUAUGGGUGCUCAGGUACAUUGCCUUGUCCCUGAAGGUCUCCAGCAGCAUCACUGAGCUAGUCUGCCUGGAGCUGGCUCCCCAGUUCUCCAGCACCACCUGCUCCACCAUGGGGACUCAGCCCCCCAUGAUGCCCCUUCCAGGCUCUCUGGGACUUGGGGACAGGCUCAGCAGGUGCUUUUCAGUAUUGGCCCCUCCCCAGCAAUCAUCCCCAUGCUCUGGGGUCACCCCAGCUGCAAGGGUGUCAUGGGGGUGUCCCCAGCAGCACUGCUGCAGCCACCCCUGACUGUUUUGCCCAUGGGCAGCCUAAUGGAAGGGAAAAGAGUUUCAGCAUGUUUUGGAAGUCAGUCAAGCGUGAGGUUGAACUUGACGGGCCUUCCAGCAUGGACACCCUGCUCCAUCCUCAUCCUCUGCAUGCGGCAAGGAGCUGGGGACUGUGGGAAAGCUGUUCCAUUACUUCUGGCUGGCCAGUCCCUGGGGGGCCCUAGAGAGGCUGUGGGCACCCUCAGUAGGAUAUGCUAACUCCAGUGAGCCCCUCUGUCUGAUAGCACUGCUCCGUGUCCCGCCUUGCCCCAGUGCUGCUGCCACCAGAGCUGUGGCCCCGCUUGGCACCUCUGUGUUGUGGCUUGUGAGCAACGAGCUGAUUUGGUCAACCUCAUAAACACUGUUUCUGCAAUGGCUCUGGCUGGUUGUGAUCACUGUGUCCACAAGACUCAAAGUGGGAAGUGCUCCCCAUUCAGUGCUCAGGAAAGCCCCCCCCAGAAAGUGGGGAAAGGGAGGGUCAUGUUGCCCACUGCCACCCUGCUUCCACAGGGGUUCCAGUCAUGAAGACAAGCUCCAGCCAGACCCACAGAAACCAGGACCCCACAGGGCUGGGGUAGGCUAGGACUUGAGCCUUACAGUACACAAAUACUCUGAUAUUGACCUAGACAGGACUGAACCCCACUUUGAGUGGCAAGGACAGUGCUGAGCCAGCACCAGGGCAGGGUCACUAAAGCUGCCCAAGGUUAUGAGCCAAAGGAUAUGAGAACUUGUGUAAUUAAUGGGAAUUUAAUUAUAGCCCACAGUUACCCCCAUCCCCACACUGCUUUUGUCUAGGGAAACGUCCUUCCUGAGAUGAGAGUCCUUCUUCAUUAAAAAGCAGGUGUUCAACAGGCACCUGGGGAGGCACGGCUGAACCCUCCUUAGUGACUCAGCUUUAAUCUCAGUAAUAAAUCCAUUGUCAGCAGGACAAAGGCGAAUAAAAAGAGCCACAGGGACAGAGGAGGAGAAAGGAGCCCAGUGCAGGGCUGGGGAAGGGCAGGAAGGUCCUCACAGAGAGGCAUGGGUUGAGUGUGACUUUCAUGUUCCCAUGUGGAGGAAAAUCAAUGGCAGUCACAUCUCUCAGCUCUCCUAGCAGGGAUCUCAAUCAGCUUUUUAAGCUGCGAAAGACCAAGGAGUUACUGAAUGAGCCUUGUAUCCAUUGAUAUUUAUUCUGUUUAAAAACAUUAAUUUCUGAAAAUGCAUGGAAAUCCCCCGAUAGGCUGUGGCAAAGCACGGGGUCCUCCCCAGCAGAGCAGGGGGUGCCAGGGAUGCAGCCAGCUGGGUACUAAAGGUUUGGAGUAUAAUUCUCCAGCACCUGGGAGACCAGUGGGACCUCUUGAGCAACCUCUUGUGGGUUUUCUUUUAAAUAGGAUUGCAAAAUUGGUCAGUUAAUGUGUCAUAGACUAUCCUACAGCAGUAGGAUAUGCUCUGCACAGAACAUGUAUAAACUGAUUUUUAAUUGACUACUCAUCAAUGCACACAGAAAAAAAGGGGGAUGGCAGCAGCCACUGGCAUCCAGACAGCAGCUCUUUUACAGGAACUUCUUCCUGAAAAUUGUAUUAGCAGAAAAAAGAAAUAAAAUCCAAAGUAAACAGCAUCAGCAGGGCUUUAAGAUGGCAGCCUGUAAUUGUAAGAGAAAACCCUGGCUCCCCCAUCCAUAUCCUCAAUUCCAAACAGAUGUAAAAUGAAACCAUUCCCAUGUGCAGUUUCCAGAACCCUGUUUCAUGGAGCUCCAGGAGCAGCUGCUUGCUGCUUCCCUGUGGCUGACCAUACACCUGUUUUCCAGAGCAGUAUCCUUCUCCAAAUUAGCUUAAAAAUAUAAAUAAAGUCCUCUAUUCUCUGGGAGCCAUGGCAAUGGUGUAA